AUGGUUCUUCGUGUACUGCUCGCCGCCUUCGGGUUGGCAGCUACGUUGGCCCAAGCCAAAACUACAUACCCUGCCACGGUCGAGGUGGAUGUGCUGUUCCCUCUCAAUAAGAAGACCUACAACAAUAUAACGAGCUUCCCUGUGAUAUUUGGCCUUCAGAAUGCUGAAACAGCAUACACCGCUGGCUUCCAGAUUAACUGGAAACUAUACAAUGGCGACUCAUUCGUGACUGGCCGGACGAUCUUUGAUACCCCCUCGAUAAACGACUUCAAGUAUGUUUCGAAUAACACCGCCAUUCUCCCCAGCUCGGCAUACAACUUUACAAUCCUCCAUCCUGGCUCGUAUACUCUCUUUUGGGAAUAUAUAGGAAACCCCUGUUCUCGCUCUGGGAAUACCAUCACCUUCCACACGGCCGUGACCAUCGCAAGGGGCAACCAUACAUUCACCAUGGUGGAUGACGGCAGCGGGGAAGAUCUGGAGUUACUGAAGAACUGUCCUAUAUACGGUGAUCGUUAUACAGUGAAGGACAUGACGGAUGGAACAAACUGUCCGUAUUUGACCAACUCCGAAGGGAGCCCCAACCCUUGCCGCGCGAAGCUUUUGAACGACAAACAGGAGACCUGUAUUCGGGAUUACUACCGCGGAAAUAAUGAGACGGAAGCAUGCUCUGCUGGGUUUCAGAGAGUAAGCUCUUGCUGGUACAGAUUUAGUACCUCGUCCGACUGCAAUGUAGACAGCGACUCCAGGGAUCUUAAGGAAUCCGACAACUCCAGUAACUCUGCCACUCCUACCGGGUCAGGAGGUCAUAUUACGUCAGGCACAGGUGAACAGGAGGAGGAAUCGGAUAAAUCAGACAAGUCACUAGCCGUAUUCUACCGUCCAAGGCUGUGGAGUACCGUUGUUGCUGCUUUGAUAGGUGUCUCUGCGAUGUAUAUAUAG